AUGACAGAAGUACGACAGCGUGCCAAAGCGGCAGACCCCACGGUUGCGCCCAAAGAACCCUCGAGCUCGAAUAUCACUUCUAGCAAGAAGAAGAGCUCUGGCUUCAGCUUUACAGAUGUUCUUCGCGUGUUGGGUGGAAUACUCCUGCUCAACUGCGCAAUUAGCUAUUUUGUCACUUCCUCGUCUCUGACAUGGGGUUGGCGACCUUGGUACUCAAAGCCUGCUCUCGUUGCUUCCUGGCUCAGAGGACCAGUCUACCUCACCGACGAAGAAUUAAAAGCCUACGAUGGCAGAGACGCAAGCAAACCAGUAUACAUCGCUCUCAACGGCACGAUCUACGAUGUUAGCGCUGGCCGCCAUGUCUACGGCCCUGGAGGCAGUUACAACUUCUUUGCUGGCCGUGAUGCUACUCGCGCAUUUAUUACUGGUUGUUUCCAAGAGGAUUUGACGCCUGAUACUAGAGGUGCAGAGUUGACUUAUAUCCCUGUGGAUGAUGACACUCCUUCCAAAGCCGAGUUGAAGAAGAGAAGAGAAAGGGACACGAGGUUGGCANAAAAGAGGGUGCAUGACACGAUUGAGGGAUGGAGUCGCAUGUUCAAGGGUGAGGCGGGCAAGAACUACUUCGAAGUUGGCAAGGUCAAGAGAGAGGAGGGUUGGCUGGAGAAGUUGCCUAAGAGGGAGUUGUGUGAGCAGGCGCAAAAGCAGAGACCCAAGCGCAAGGCUUAG